AGACUUAUUGUAGGUUAUUUUACUGAUUUAAAGAUGAUGGACUAUUUCCCUGUUUUAUAUUAGGAUGUUUUAUUAGAUUUAAAUAAUAUUUCCAUAUCUUUCAGUAUCUUUAGAGUAUCCUGUGAGGCAGAUCAAAGUACCCUAUGGUGAGGAGGAGAGCAGCUUCUUGAAGAUUUUGGGGGAAACAUUCCCCCAGAUGAAUACAAAUGUAGAGGCCUUUAAGACAGACAGGAGGAGGCUCGUUCCCCUAUGAAAAAAAAGGAUUGUUGUCAAGACAAUGGAGGACAGAGAUGGUGUGGUUGAAUUGGUGGCUCAACAAUUUGUUCAAGAGAGCAUGCAGGUGGCCUUGGAGCAGUUCAAAUAUCAUCUCAACUCUCUUGGGCUGCUCGAGGCAUUGGGGACCCACCCAGGCAGCUUCCGAGCACUUUUUGUGGACUCCAUAAAGCCUCCCACUGCCAGGGACCUGAUUAAAGUAACCUAUUCCAUACCUGGAUGCAACCGGCGGUGUUUGGAGAACGACACCAUCUGCCACUGGUUCAACUGUCUGGCUGAGGUGCAAGAUGGAGAAUGUCCUCCUCUAACAGUGGCGAUGGUGUUGGAGUUGCUACUGGGGCAACGGUGGUGCCACCCCUUGGGUUUGAGGACACCCUGACCAUUGAAUUCCUCUACACAGCGCGAGGGCGUCUCGCUGGGCUGCAGAAAGAAAAGUACCCAGAGGCAAACACGUGUGCUGUGACACUAAGGCUCCCUCUUCAUAGCACCUACAAUGCCUUUAGAAAAUUCAUGACCUCCGGUAAUGUGAAUUGCCCACAUUUCGGUGUUGCAUAAAAACAUUUUUACGAUACAUAAUUGUAUCUAGUAGCACUAAAUUACAGUAGCAAUUGAGUGUUUGAAAAUGUAACUGCACAUCAACAUUUAAGCAUUUAUCUACUUCCAUCUGUAUUGUUUGUACAGUGCAUUCGGAACGUAUUCAGACCCCUUGACUUUUUCCACAUUUUAUUACGUUAAAGCCUUCUUUAAAAAUGGAUACAAUAAUUUUUUCCCCUCAUCAAUCUACACACAAUACCCCAUAAUGACAAAGCAAAAACAGGUUGACAUUUUUGCAAAUGUAUAAAAAAAAGAAGGAAAUAUUACAUUUAUGACCCUUUACUCAGUACUUUGCUGAAGCACC